CCUACAACCUGGGACAAAAGACUUAUUAGGGAACUAAAGGACUUGCUAGCCACAAGAAAUGCUUCAGACCGGCUUAUUGACCCGAACCUGUUCAACACUUACUCUAGCGAAGAGCUAGAGAGGCCUCAACUGUGGCUCAAUGAAAUUAUAGAGAAAUAUAAAAUGAACAAGGCCUUGGUUAAUGAUGAUAUCAAAAUCUCCCAUUUCUCAGAUCAUCCAAAGGAGGGAGGUCAUCAGAAAGCUCCAUUGAGACAUUUCCAUACCACAGACUCUGAUCCAGAGAGUGCUGAUAAUCAACGGUAAUGCUUAUUCCAAAGUAUGAGGCUGCUUUAGCCAGAUCAUGAAAUUAGUAAAUGUACCAUGUUCCAUUUUUAAAGGAUGAGUUAAAUCCUUUCAUGAGAAUUCGCAUUUAGCUAACGAUACUGUGAUGCUCAAAAUUGAGAAGAACCCCUUGUGGCAACCAUCGCCAUUGCAGUUGAUAAAAAACCUUUUUCUCAUGCUAUAAUUUUAGAAACUCUUUAAGGGUGAAUUCGAGACCAAACUCUAGGAAGAAGAAUUCCAUGCAAUCAGUGGGGAACAUCGAGAAGUACGGAACUGAUGACCUGGACUCCAUCUCAGAAUUCAACAGUUCCUUUGAACAGCUAUCUACUGUAUCAGCAGCAAGAGAGAAAGAAGAAUACCUGAAGCACCUCAAAAAGCUCAGAUAUGCUAUUAAAAUCGAACUAAAAUAAUGAGAAAAUGAUGUCAGUCAAUAUCGUCGAUGAGAUCUUUAAAAAGCGCCUGGAUGACUACACUGAUGCGGUAAAUUGAGAACUCCAGCACAUACACAAAUAUGUUGACCGCCUUCAGAGAACAAUCACAUUGCAAGAGGUUAAAUUCAAGCAAUUGGCUGAAAUUUUUAGGAAAUUUGAGCUAGACAAAACCAUUAAGGCACUUCAAACCAGGGAGUUUGGACCAAAGUACCUGAAAGAGCCUGAAUCAGUGGUCAAAUAAAGACAAGAGUUACACUGAGCUGAGGGACCUUAUUGAAACUAAUCUAAGAUUCGUUAAAUCUGGAACAUCUUGUUUCGAUCACAAAUCUAUCCAAGUGACAGAUUAUGAAAAUAUAAAUAAAAUUAAAAAUUUGGAGAUCGAAAACAAACUUUUAGACACGAAGCUUGAUGAGAUACAUGCAAAGGAGACAAAUGAGUCCCGUUUCCUACGUGAAAGUGUUGAAUCAGACUUCCAGAAAACCAAGGAAACCUUCUUCCAAAGAGAAGAUGAAUACCUAACAGAAAUUAACCAGCUCAAGAAUGAUAAGGAGAAGUUAAUUCAGGAAAUGAGCCAGGUAAAGAUGAUCCUAAAGAGUCCUUUCCUUUACAUGAAAUAUUACAAUGCGAGGUUUGGGUACUUCCCAAAAUUGGACAUUUGCAGGCCAAAAUCUCCUGCUAAACAUCGGAACAAUGGGCAGGCUCUCAACUAUGAUAAGGCAGUCAAAAGAAAGAUGAGGAGAAGUAGCACUAGCUGUUUCCCUAACCCUGUUUAUUCUGCAGUAAAUCUCCAUCCAGCUGAUGCUAAGAAGUCUGACCAGAAGCAAGCCCAGAAACCAUCCUCGUCUAGAAGGAAAAGAGUGUCCAAAGAUGAUUUUAACUAUGAUAAAGAUUUUGAGAAUAAAAGUAGCUACCUAAAUCUCGAUAUUCAAACACAUGAGUCAAGCAGCCAGGAAAAGAAGUCUAAAUUCUGCAUCUUUGAUAAGGUUUUUAAUAAGAAUACUAUGAAGCUUAAUAUGAAAGCAGAAGAGUCUGAGUAUAUGAACAGUUUCUCUUAUAAACCUCUGAAGAGCACUAAUUCUCAACCGAUUAAAUCAAUGGUUGAGAAGUCAUCAUCUCAGCAAGAGAAUCGUGAACUGGAAAUUUCAGCCAAAAAGCUGCCCUCAUUCAAGCUUCCACAUAAGAAAACAGAUGAGUAUGGGGAAGGAACUGUCACAUCCAGCAAGAACGAUAAAUCUGUCACGAUUAACUCAAGUGUUAAGUCAUUUUGUAAAGAAAACUUCAGGAAAUUGAUUCAGACUAAGAGCAGGAACCCAGAAUUCACUUCAAAACUCAAACUCGAGAUUGUUGCUACUGCAGGUACGACUAGUAAGAUCGUGUUGAAGUCCAAUACCAGUACGACAAGACAGAGGUCUCGAAAGAACAAGUCUAGACCUAGGAAGUACUUCAAAGCCAAAGAUAAUGUAGCUUGCAGGUCUUUUAUCGGAGGAAUUUCCACAAAAUCAUAUGCUAAAUAGCCAAAGUUCAACUCUGAA